CUGCGAGGAGAGAGAGAGACACACAGUAACUAGGCUACACAUCUAACGGGGUAAACCUGGACGAAAGAACACGAUUUUAUUGCACAUUUUAACGGUAACAAAAUAAAAUUGGAUCGUAAUACGUAAGUCGCUUGAAGAAGGGACAUUUCGGUGGGAGUUUUUCCCAAAGCAGUGUGCCUUCUCAACCUUCAUACACAGACUUCUUGUAGUUUGGAUAGGCUUGUCCGCCGGGGGAGAGUUUGUUGUGUAGCUCUAGCUGGUUAUUUUGUUGCGCGUUAGGCGCUCCAGUUGUUGUUGAACUAUGGCGCUCAAGGCGAGGGCUUUAUACGAAUUCAAUUCCGAAAACCCCGGGGAGAUAUCAGUGAAAGAAAAUGAAGUAGUGACUCUGUACAGCGAACAGGACAUUGAAGGCUGGCUAGAAGGAUCCAACAGCAAAGGCGAGAGAGGUCUCUUCCCCGCGUCCUACGUUGAGAUCCUGAAGAACGACACCGCGUCCACGUUUAACAACAACAGCACAUCUGGAUCCCGAUACGCCAAUAUUCCAACCGGAGGUUUCGGGGAUGCCUCCUCUUAUAACAUCCAGAAUCAUACUGACAACUUGUCCAAAACAUCAGUAACAUCGCCCGGGCUUACAGCGUUGUCACCGCCUGCCCCAGCACAGCAGCAACCCAUUUAUCAAGCCAGCCAGGGCAGCGACGAAGACUGGGAUGAUGACUGGGAUGACAGCUCGACAGUGGCGGACGAACCCGGGGUUGUUGGGGUUAAUUACCAAAGGGACUUUGAUGGCAAUGGACCGUCUACAUACAGAUUGUCAACAUCAAUGUCUAAAGGUAGCAACGUUCAACAAGCCAAGAGCUCUGCUACGGUCAGUAGAAACCUCAAUAGGUUUUCAACAUUUGUGAAAUCAGGAGGGGAAGCGUUCGUGUUAGGUGAGGCAGCUGGGUUUGUGAAAGAUGGGGAUAAGAUCUGUGUUGUAACGGGACAAUACGGUCCAGAAUGGCAGGAAAACCCAUACCCCUUCGCCUGUACCAUAGACGACCCCACCAAGCAGACCAAGUUCAAAGGGAUGAAGAGUUACAUUGCCUACAAGCUGACGCCCACCCACACACAGACCCAGGUAAACAGGAGGUAUAAACACUUUGACUGGCUCUACGCCAGGCUGGUGGAGAAGUUCCCUGUCAUCUCCGUGCCUCACAUCCCAGAGAAACAGGCCACGGGGCGGUUUGAGGAGGACUUCAUCUCUAAAAGGAGGAAAGGGUUGAUAUGGUGGAUGAGUCACAUGACCAGCCACCCGGUCCUGUCCAAGUGUGAUGUCUUUCAGCACUUCCUCACCUGCAACAGCACAGACGAGAAGUCAUGGAAGCAGGGGAAGAGGAAGGCGGAGAAGGACGAGAUGGUGGGGGCUAACUUCUUCCUCACUAUCUCCACGCCCUCCGGACCACCCCUGGACCUGGUCGAGGUCGAGUCCAAGAUCGACGGCUUCAAAGCUUUCACCAAGAAAAUGGACGACAGCGUGGUCCAAGUCAACGCCACCACCAACGAGUUCGCCCGGAAACAGAUCACGGGGUUUAAGAAGGAGUACCAGAAAGUGGGCCAGGCGUUUAAAGUCCUGGGACAGGCGUUUGAGCUGGACCAGCAGGCGUAUUCAGUAGGGUUGAACCAGGCCAUAGCGUACACAGGAGAGGCAUACGAUGCUAUCGGAGACUACUUUGCAGAGCAGCCAAGACAAGAUGUGGAUCCUUUAAUGGAUUUGUUACAGCUGUACCAGGGACAUCUGGCCAACUACCCUGACAUCAUCCAUGUACAGAAAGGAGCACUUACCAAGGUGAAGGAGUCCCAGAAGCACGUUGAGGAAGGCAAGAUGGACGCUCCCCAGGCGGACGGCGUCAACGAGCGCUGUAACAUCAUCUCCUUCGCCACGCUGGCAGAGAUCCAGCACUUCCAUCAGGUCCGGGUGAGGGACUUCAAGGCCCAGAUGCAGCAGUAUCUAACCGAGCAGAUUGGCUUCUUCCAGAAGAUCACCGGAAAGCUGGAGGAGGCCCUACAGAAGUAUGACAAUGCUUAGUCUCCCCCCUCUACUCUAAGGGACACCCCUGAUUGGUCUAAAUCCGAUUGACCACAUUCUGAUUGGUCGAGAUCUCAUAUCCGACCCCCCCCCCUUCCCCGAUUGGUCCAGAAAUGACCCUUGACCUCCCUCAGUCGGCCAAUCAUUGAAGCCCCAGGUGGACAUUACCUUCAACUGCCAAACAGCAAUACAAUCCACUGUGAGAAGACACAGACAACACUGACCAACCUGGAUAGUCCCCUGAAGGCUGGAUGUUGAUUCCAUGUAUGGUGGCUACUGUUUUGAAGGGGCUUGAGUUGACGUCUGGCUUUGUUUAAAUGGGUUUUAAUGCAGUGUUGUUUUUCCUGGAUCAAAAUGGGGCUUGGGUGUUGGGUGUGGCAGGGGCGUGGCCAUGAGCGUGACAAAAUGUAUCUGUUUUAAAGCUAAUCUCCUGCAAUUCUACACAUUUUGCCAUGGGGCUGAGAGAACAUUUGCAGUUUUUUAAAGCUUAUAUCCUAUAAUUCUACACAUUUUGCCAUGUGGCUGAGAGAACAUUUGCAGUUUUUUUAAAGCUUAUAUCCUAUAAUUCUACACAUUUUGCCAUGUGGCUGAGAGAACAUUUGCAAUUUUUUUAAAGCUUAUAUCCUGUAAUUCUACACAUUUUGCCAUGUGGCUGAGAGAACAUUUGCAGUUUUUUUAAAGCUUAUAUCCUGUAAUUCUACACAUUUUGCCAUGGGGCUGAGAGAACAUUUGCAGUUUUUUAAAGCUUAUAUCCUAUAAUUCUACACAUUUUGCCAUGUGGCUGAGAGAACAUUUGCAGUUUUUUUAAAGCUUAUAUCCUGUAAUUCUACACAUUUUGCCAUGUGGCUGAGAGAACAUUUGCAAUUUUUUUAAAGCUUAUAUCCUAUAAUUCUACACAUGUAGAACACAUACACACAUAAUUCUGCCAUGUGGUUUAUGCUGUCUGAGUGACUCAAACAUUCUAAUGAAAUUAAUGUGGGCCCCAUGCCAUGACAAAUAUUCCUGAAUGCAUCGUUUUUUUUAUUUUAGAUUCUCCCUGAUUUUUGUUGUGGCGAUUUGUUACUUUUUAAAGAGGCUGUUAUUUAAGAAAUAUAUAUAUAUAUAUAUAUAUAUAUAUAUAUAUAUAUAUAUAUAUAUAUAUAUAUUAGUUUUUCUACAUACUUUAUAUCAUGUUUUAGUCGUUUUAAGUUUACACUGAAAAAUGUUUUUCCGUAUUUUUAUUUUAUUUUACUGUUUGGCCAUAGACGGUCCGAAAACAACACUGAGGCAGCAGACAGCCCAAUGCUUUUCUAUGUAGAGAAAACACUGAGGCAGCAGACAGCCCAAUGCUUUUCUAUGUAGAGAAAACACUGAGGCAGCAGACAGCCCAAUGCUUUUCUAUGUAGAGAAAACACUGAGGCAGCAGACAGCCCAAUGCUUUUCUAUGUAGAGAAAACACUGAGGCAGCAGACAGCCCAAUGCUUUUCUAUGUAGAGAAAACACUGAGGCAGCAGACAGCCCAAUGCUUUUCUAUGUAGAGAAAACACUGAGGCAGCAGACAGCCCAAUGCUUUUCUAUGUAGAGAAAACACUGAGGCAGCAGACAGCCCAAUGCUUUUCUAUGUAGAGAAAACACUGAGGCAGCAGACAGCCCAAUGCUUUUCUAUGUAGAGAAAACACUGAGGCAGCAGACAGCCCAAUGCUUUUCUAUGUAGAGAAAACACUGAGGCAGCAGACAGCCCAAUGCUUUUCUAUGUAGAGAAAACACUGAGGCAGCAGACAGCCCAAUGCUUUUCUAUGUAGAGAAAACACUGAGGCAGCAGACAGCCCAAUGCUUUUCUAUGUAGAGAAAACACUGAGCCGGUUUAGGAGGUGAGCCAAUCAGACGUGAGACUCCAGAAGCAGAAGGUCGUUAAAGCUUCUGUUUUUGAUCGACGACGAGGCAAACCUCGGUUGGUUGUAAGUGUUGAUUUUAACGAGGGCUAUCCUCGUCGCGAUUUGGUUUGGUAGGUGUCGUAGUCCAGCGAGUGGGUGGAUAUGCUUAUUAUCUUAAUUAUUGAUUAAUCGUGACUUAAGACAGAGAGGGACGAUCAAAAUACCCUCUCCUGUAAACGUGUUAUUCCCUACUGCUGCUUGUACCUACACGGGGCGGUAUCUUAACCUUGUAGAUCACACGAUGUCCACUAAACCUGUUUUAAACAACGUGACUGGUUAUUAAGAUGGAGUCCCAUAAAGGGACAGUGAUUUGUUCAGAGGGGGGGGGGCGUCUCUACCGUAAAGCAAUGCUGUUUAGUGGCUUUAAACCGUUACAAUGCUGCCUUCUGCUAUAACACUUGAGCUCCUCAUAGUGUGUGUGUGUGUCCCAAAUGUCUUCAUACUUACAAAUAUAUAGUGCACUACUUUUGACCAGAGCCCCUAUGCGUAGUGCGCUAUAUAGGGGAAUAGUGUUCCAUUUGGGAAGUCCCAUCUCUAGCAGGAACAUGUUUACACACACAGACUCCUAGCAGACCAGACAACCGGACUUGUGCCUUCUUUUGUUUUUGAUUGUCUCUCUCUGAUGAUACAUUAUUUUAAUUUUUUUAAAUAAGUUCUAUAAAGGUUAAUGUAAUAUAAAUAUAUUCUCAUAUUUAGUUUUUAAGAUGCUUGUUUGUUGCAAAUAUUAUGCGAUGCUUUUGGACUUGGACUUGUGUUUUGUUGGAGUUGAGAGAAGUGCCCAGCCGAUGGGGAGCAGAGUCCGUCUGGACUGCUUUGAGUACUGACCUCGAUGAUUCUCCCUUCAGAGACUGAAGUCUGAUUCAGGGACGUCAAUGUAGAGCACGUGACUGGAUCAUUCUGACUGGGACAAGGCUGAUUUACACAGAGAGGAAGAAAGCGACACUGCGCUCGGUGGGAUAACCUGUUCUGUUCUUACUGCAGGCUUGGAUUCCAUUCAGUGGAUAUCAUGGGACCAUGAACUCUGCCUGCUUAAAGGUUCAGAGCCUUGGAACUCAAAGGAACAUGUCUCAGACUGAAAUGGACUGGACUGUCGUCUCAGACUGAAAUGGACUGGACUGUCGGCUCAGACUGAAAUGGACUGGACUGUCGGCUCAGACUGAAAUGGACUGGACUGUCGGCUCAGACUGAAAUGGAUUAACACAGACUGAAAUGGACUGGACAGUCGGCUCAGACUGAAAUGGACUGGACUGUCGGCUCAGACUGAAAUGGACUGGACUGUCGGCUCAGACUGAAAUGGACUGGACUGUCGGCUCAGACUGAAAUGGACUGGACUGUCUCAGACUGAAAUGGAUUAACACAGACUGAAAUGGACUGGACAGUCGGCUCAGACUGAAAUGGACUGGACAGUCGGCUCAGACUGAAAUGGACUGGACAGCUGGCUCGGACUGAAAUGGAUUAACACAGACUGAAAUGGACUGGACUAUCGGCUCAGACUGAAAUGGACUGGACUGUCGGCUCGGACUGUAAUGUCGGCUCGGACUGAAAUGGAUUAACACAGACUGAAAUGGACUGGACUGUCGGCUCAGACUGAAAUGGAUUAACACAGACUGAAAUGGACUGGACAGUCGGCUCAGACUGAAAUGGACUGGACAGUCGGCUCAGACUGAAAUGGACUGGACAGUCGGCUCAGACUGAAAUGGACUGGACAGUCGGCUCAGACUGAAAUGGACUGGACAGUCGGCUCAGACUGAAAUGGACUGGACAGUCUGCUCAGACUAGAAUGGACUGGACAGUCUGCUCAGACUAGAAUGGACUGGACAGUCGGCUCAGACUGAAAUGGACUGGACAGUCGGCUCAGACUGAAACUAAACUGGACAUUUUAGCCCUCCCUGAAAUCACAAAGUUAUUUGGAAAAAAAUGACUCAAUAUUAUUCUUGCACAAUGUAAAAAAAAAUUACUUUGAUUUUUUUUUAAGGUUGAUGGAUGUUAGUCUGUCAGUCAGACUGGUUGAUGGGUAGACAUCCUUCCUCUCCUGUUAUUGUCUACUGAUCCUAGUACAGAUCUGGACACCUCAGCCAGUUUUCGUGUCGAGUCAGAGACUAAAUAAACUACAGAAACUCCUCGACGUAUCUCAUUUGUCUGCUGUCACAUUGUGAUGUUUCUGCUCAGGGACUCCAAGGGGUCUUGUCUGGUCCGAAAGGGUUCAUUUCUCCCUGAUUCUUCACACGUAAUCUAACUAGUCCGACGUAGGCUACACUGAUCUGAUGACAGACCUGCCGGCAGGCUCGGGAUCAGGCUCGGGAUCAGGCUCAGGAUCAGGCUAGCCAUCAGAUGCACAUGUCCAGUGUUUUAAAGGUGCCAGAGAAGAUGACAAGGUACAUCCUCAAAGCAGCCAGGUUCAACAGCUUUUCACUGAAUGUGUUGCUAUCAUUUUUAUUAUUAAAUAAUUUCCCUUAAAUGA